AUGAAUUCGAAUUGGUUUGAUGCUUGCGCGAUUGUGCAAGCGCACGAGGAGGAACGGGAAGAGGAGGGGGCGGGGAGUACCAUGGGGGUGAUGGAGUUUGAAGGGGCGAAUGAGACGCAGGCAACGUCUUCCGGGGGCCUAGACGAACCCUUGGGGGGCAGCAGCUCAGAGUCAAUUUCCACCUCUCUGUUGUCGUGGGCUCUUGCUGAGUCUGAUGAAACUCAGGACUCCCCUUCGCAAACUGGUCACUAUUCUUCUUGUAAAGCGCAUCAGGCAGUGCCGUUCGUGAAGAAUGAGGAAACGUUUACAGUGCCAGUGGGUCUUCCAGAGAAGAUGUGGGCCCCUGGAAAACCGCUGCGCAUUUCGUAUGUUAGUUGGAACAUGGGUCAUAAGAGUCCCAAUUUGGGGGAAGUUGCGAAGUACUGCAUUCACCCCAAUGCUCAUAUAGUCGUAGUGUGCACGCAGGAAAACGGGAAGCGCCUGUUGGUUAAAAAAGAUCGGAAUGAAUGGGAAAAACAUGUUGCCCGCACUUGUCUUCUUGAAAAGUAUGUGCUUCUUGGCCGUAAAGAGCUGUGGUACAUACAAUUGCUUGUGUAUGUUCGUAGAAAAGAUGUAGCGUCAUACAUCCGGUGCAUUGGUACCACUAGUGUAAAAACGGGAGUCGCAAGAGGUCUCUGUGGCAACAAGGGAGGCGUUGCCGUAGCGUUGUCCAUUUCCAUGACACCCGCGCCUUUGCAGACACGUUCAGAAAGGCUAAGUAGCAAGACUGCCUCUUCUUUUAGAGAUCGUAUGAAGUCGUGUUCCCCCCCUGUAAAAGUAGGCCGUGGCGCCGCAAAGGUUCGUGAGGAGGCUCCUCUCGGCGGCAAAGAGGCGUCGAAUAUUACGCUGCUCUUCAUAGGGGCACAUUUGGCGGCCCAUCAAAAAGGCGUGCAAAUGCGAAAUAAGGACUACCUUUCCAUCGUGAAAGGGAUGUAUGCUGCGUUUCAAAAAAGUCCAGGCUUCUUUUGGAGGAAACACGUCGUGCCCAAAGGCCAUGCCAAUGACAGUGCUGACGGGCUCGAGAGCGUGGGUGGUGGGGAGGACGAGGAAGCCUCCUUGCCGCAAUGUGUGUCUGACGCGGGCAGUGAGGGUGUCUCUUUCGGUGGCGACGAAGAUACCUCGCUCCUUGGCGUCCCGCCCGCCGAAGCGCAGGCUGCCUCGCCGCUUUACCACGAUGUCACGGAGGAGUUUGAUCUCGUCUUUUUUGGAGGCGACCUCAACUACCGCAUCAAUGGCACCCGAGGAGGCAUUGAGUGUUUGAUUGGAGGCAGCAAGUACAUCCGUUUCGUUCUCGCCGACUGCGAUCAACUGAACAUCGAGCGGGCGAAGGGCCUUGUUUUUCGUCGCUUUCGUGAGGGAAAACUUUUUUUUCGCCCAACGUACAAGUACGAAAUCGAGCAGGACGUGUACAACUACACAAAUAAGACGGAUCGCAGGCCGGCGUACUGCGAUCGUGUUCUUUACAAGAAGGGGCGGGAGUCUAGGGCGGGGAAGGUGAAGAUAAGCCUCUACACCGAUGUGCCGCAGGUUCGGACAAGCGAUCAUCGGCCAGUCGUUGCCAUAUUUGACGUUGCGACACAUGUGUAUCGACCUUCUUAG